AUGAAGUCGUUGCAGAGAAUACUAGCUUCAAGACCCUUGAGAUACCCCCAGGUCAGAUACCUGUCUGGGCUCGCCAGGUUGGACGCUUCCAAAACCAUCAUCGAGAAAACCACCAGCCCCAUAGCCAAGCUUCCUAAAGACCAGUUGGUAUUUGGACAGUCGUUCACAGACCACAUGGUGGAGAUCGAGUGGGACGCCAAGAAGGGGUGGGCCGCCCCCAGAAUCUCGCCUUACAAGAACCUCAGUCUUGAUCCAGCCACCAUUGUGUUCCACUACGGGUUCGAGUUGUUCGAAGGCUUGAAGGCCUACAAGGACUCCAACGGCAACAUCAGAACGUUCAGAAGCGACAAGAACAUGUUGAGAAUGAACCAGUCGGCCGAGAGAAUCGCCCUCCCCAACUUCGAUGGUGAGGAGUUGAUGAAGGUCAUCGACAAGUUCCUCGUGUUGGACCAGGCAUUCGUGCCUGAAGGUGCUGGCUACUCGUUGUACUUGAGACCCACCAUGAUCGGUACCUCGGUAGGCUUGGGUGUGGGAACUCCCGACAAGGCGUUGAUCUUCGUCAUAGCAUCGCCAGUUGGUCCCUACUACUCCACUGGCUUCAAGCCAGUGGCCUUGGAAGCCACCGACUAUGCGGUUAGAGCCUGGCCCGGUGGUGUUGGAAACAAGAAGUUGGGUGCAAACUAUGCUCCUUGUAUCCAGCCGCAAACCCAGGCGGCCUCCAGAGGCUACCAGCAGAACUUGUGGUUGUUUGGCGAAGAAGGCUACAUCACUGAAGUGGGCACCAUGAACGCAUUCUUUGUGUUCCAAAACGAAGACGGCAAGAAGGAAUUGGCCACUGCUCCAUUGGACGGAACCAUCUUGGAAGGUGUCACCAGAGACAGUGUGUUACAGUUGGCCAGAGAAAGAUUGCCAGCCGACGAAUGGAUCAUCAGCGAAAGAAAGUUCACCAUUGGCGAGGUCAAGGAAAGAGCGGCCAAGGGCCAAUUGGUGGAAGCUUUUGGUGCUGGUACUGCUGCUGUUGUUUCGCCCAUUGAUAGAAUCGGAUGGAAGGGUGAAGACAUCGCAGUGCCUGUGGCGGCAGGAAACUCCGGUGAAUUGACUGCCCAGGUUGCUGAGUGGAUCAGACAGAUCCAAUACGGUGAAACCUCCUACAAGGACUGGUCUAGAGUCGCCAAAUGA